CACACACACACACACACACACACAAACCACAUCAAACGAUGAGUGUGCUUGAUCAAAGCUCCAAGAUGCUGAUUGUGAUGGUUGGACUGCCUGCCCGCGGCAAGUCGUACAUUAGCAAGAAGCUCGUCUCGUUCUUCCUGUGGAAGGGCUUCAAGACGGCGCUCUUCAACGUCGGCAACCGGCGCCGCGAGAACGCCACGCAGCAGCAGGACGCGUCGUUCUUUGAUGCUGCCAACCAAGACGCCAAGCUGGCUCGCGAGCAGGCCGCCAUGGAAGUCCUGGACGAGCUGCUCGAGUAUCUCAAUGUAUCAGAAGGCCAAAUCGCAGUGUACGACGCAACCAACAGUCGCAAGGAUCGCCGCCACGCCAUUCUCGACCGCGUCCAAAAGUCCGGAUUCGCCGGAAACGUCCUCUUCCUCGAGUCCCUGUGCACAGACCAAGCCGUGAUUGAAGGAAACAUGCGGCAAAAGGUGGAAAACAGUCCCGAUUACAAGGGGUGCGAUGUGGAGCAAGCCAUGUCCGACUUGAGAGCUCGAAUCCACAACUACGAGCUCGUCUAUCAGCCAAUCGAGGACGAAGAGAACAUUUCCUACGUCAAGGUGAUCAAUCUCGCUUCAAAACUGAUCUGCUCCAACGUCCAUGGCCAUCUGAGCCACUUUAUCACGGCAUUUUUAAUGUCGCUGCAUAUUGGCCAGCGGCCCAUCUACCUGGUCAGGUCGGGCAAAACGGAACUUGCGGACUUGGUCGAGUUGACGCCCGCAACCACGCCGGCGUUUGGCUUUGGGCACGCGUCAGAGUCGUCAACGAGCCUCCCGUCCAGGUUUACCAUGAACUCGAGUCUCAAUCCGGAGGGGGUUGCGUUUGCCCAGCGCCUGGGCCAGUUCUUCAAGAAACAGUCCGUCGAAAAGCCCGUGGUCUACACAUCCCUGCUGCCUCGAUCGGUGGAAACGGCCAAGCACGUCAGCUGCGGUCGUGUUCAAGCACUGAGCUCGCUCAAUAUGCUUGAUACUGGCAUCUGCCACGGCAUGAGCAUCCAACAAAUUAUGAGCAGCAUGCCGGAAGAGUUUGCCGCGUUCGGCAAGGCCCCGUUCGUCUACCGAUUUCCCGGCGGCGAGUCCUACCAAGAUUUGCACGAGCGACUGACCUUCUUUUUGCUCGAGCUCGAGCGUACGCGGCAACCGGUUGUGGUCAUUUCGCACGUUUCCACGCUGCAGUCUCUCCUCGCCUACUUUCUGGGCAAGACUCCCGACGAAGUUCCCUUCAUCUCCGUGCCCCAGCAUGACGUAAUUGAGCUGAUUCCAUCCAACUAUGGCUGGGCCCAACACCGCUAUUCGAUUUGAAGUUGUACAAAGAGCAGAGCUGUUGUGUUUGCCGUUUUUUUUUUUUUGUCCUGUUUCUGGUGUAUUUCUGUGAUCAAACAAUGACCUGUGAUUCGCAGUCUUUCCCC